CCAAUUAAAAGUAUCCCUAAAAAGUAUUUAAACCCAAACAGUCGAAAAACGAACCCUCUGCCUCCCGUACCAACGAACUGAAUCGAAAAUUGAAACUCAAAAAAAAUUCAUCAGCAAAAUCUUUUUAAAAUCUAUUCGAAAUUUAAAUUCUGUAUCUGUUAUCAAUUUGAUCGGUAGAAUUGAGGAGCAGACUUUUUUGAGGUAGAGGAACAGACUUUAUUGAUGGAGCACAAGGCGAUAUCCAGAAAACGAAAGAAAGAGGAGGUGGGAAUAGAUGGUGCUAAUAAAAAGCAUAGGAGCGAUAAUGGUGGUAUUGACAAGUUACCUAAUGAUGUACUAAUCAACAUUGUGUCUCGCAUGAGCUUCAAGGAAGCCGUGAGGGCGAGUGUCCUUGCACGUAGAUGGAGAUGUCUGUGGAAGUUUUACCACGGGACUAUGCGAUUUGAUGUUAGGGAUAUCUCCCCCAGAAACCUAAUGGGAAUAGAAAAGUUCAAGUCUUGCGCGAAUACUGUGAUGGAGCUUCAUCAAGGCCGGGAUGUUGAGGGCGUUGUCGUUCACCUUGAGGGCAUAGUGAAUGGUGGGCUAUUUCAGCCGAUGAGCCGUGCACUCGAUGAAUUGGUGUAUUUUGCUACUCAUAAGGAAGUUCAAACGCUCGAAGUGAAGCUCUCAUUGAAAUUCUUGAAUUAUCGCAGAUAUGAAUUACCACAUGUUGGGUGGUUGAAAUCCCCUUUGCCUUACAGCAGCCUGAGAGCCCUUAGAUUGACCCAUGUUGAUGUCACUGACGAGCAGGUUUGUUAUCUCCUAGCGUCGUGUCACAGUCUCGAAGAGCUCUGCAUACGGUCCGCUAACAAGCUGAACAAUCUUCGUGUUGUUGGA